AUGGCUGCUGACGUUCACAAGAGCUCCUCACCGCGCGGCGCCGCAACCGGAAAAGGAAAGUACGGGCCCUCCCUGGCUGCUUUUCAGGGUCUGCGCAGGCGCGUUGUGCUCACCUUCGCGACAGGAGGGAGUUUUACGGCUCGUGGGCGGGGCUUUGGAUUGGCGGCGGGAAGUUCUCAUUUGCAUUUAGGCUCUUUAAUAACCUCUUUCCGCUUCCAUACGCAACCGAUUAUCACCCUCUUCGAAGGAGGACCCCAGGCCGGAACCAGAGAAAGUCUGGGGGUGGGCAGGGUGCCCAUCUGGACCAUCCUCCUGCUGGUGCCGCCCUUGGGAGGCCUAGGACCACCCUUCUGCCCAAGGGAGACUUUCUACUUCCUCAUUGCCAUCAUGAAGGUGCUGAGAAGCAAAAAUGAUGGCACUCUUUACACCGCAGAUGAUCUUUUGGUGUGUCCUGCUGAGGCUCUAGGCUGCUUCUGGCUGGAGCUGUCUGUGAUUGGGUUUGAGGAGGGCCCAUCCAUGGAGACUGCUGUGUUCCGGCUACAGCGCCUAUUGGAUGCCCUGGGGUCCUGGCUGUGGGUGACUGGCUGGGGCCCUUGUCCACCCUGUGGAGGAUACCCUCAGAGACCUGUCCAUCUUUUUCUGGCCAAACUCUUGGAGUUAAAACAGGGGGCUUGUGCUCAGCAUCUGCCCUCAGCAUGA